GGGCCGCUGCCCGAGCCCGAGAAACCCAGGAAGGGCAAGAAGGAAAAGACCCCCAAGAAAGCCAAGGAGAGACCCCGGGGGCCCAAAAAGGACAAGGACAAGGACAAGGACAAGGACAAGGAGCGGGGCAAGAACAAACCCCCCAAGAAACCCAAGGAGAAGCCGCCAAAAGGCUCUGAAACCCCAGCAAAAGGCUCAGAAAAAACCCCAAAAGGGUCUGAAAAAAAACCAAAAGGCUCUGAAAAGCCCCCAAAAGGCUCCAAAAAGCCCAAGGAGAAGCCACCCAAGGCCACCAAAGCCUCUGGCAAGAAGCCACCAGUGGCACCGAGCCCCCCCAGUCUCCAGCAGCCCUGGCAGGGCAGGGAGGAUGGAGAGGUACCCGAGCUCUUGGAGCCUUCACACAAGGAGGAGGAGGAUGGAGGUGUCCGAGAGCUGGAGGAGCCCCCAGAGGAGCGCUGGGGGCCGGGCCGGGAGGACUGGAGCCCUGAGCCAGAGGUCCCCGAGGAGCCGGAGCCCCCAACCCUGGACUACAACGAGCAGCUGGAGCGGGAGGACUACGAGGACUUCGAGUUCAUCCGGAGGCAGCAGAAGCCCCCCAAGCCCCCGGGCAGGAGGAGACCCGAGCGGGUGUGGCCCCAGCCCGAGGAGGAGACACGUACGUGGGAAGGGGGGACACGGGAAUGGCACCCCUCGGGGUGA